AUGCACAGUGUCAUGGCUGUGGGCCGAAUCACGAUGAAAUCACUCGCUAAAUUUGGGUUUUGCCUGACGAUUCUUCUGACUUCUGUGGCUGCGGCACAGGGGGAGGAGCGGGAGUGUGCCUUCACGGACCAGCAGCAGCAGUGGGAGGUGGAGCGAGUGGCAGGGGGCGAAGGCCGGGUCUCCCCAGAGAACACCAGCAUCCGAUGUGCCAAGGGCAGCCACUGUUUUGGCCUGUGGGAGAAAAGUCCUCCAGGCGAAGUGCGACUUGUCAAACAAGGUUGCUGGACUCACCUGGGUGACCAUCAGGGUUGCCGCGAUGACCGCUGCGUGGUGACAAACCUGCCUCCACAGAUCCAGAAUGGGACGUACCACUUCUGCUGCUGUGGCAGCGACAUGUGCAACAUGAAUUUCACAGAGGACUUCCUUCUGCCCAGCCCGACAACAGCACAACCAAUCUACUCUCACACACUGGGCUACGAAGAGACGGUAAUUAUCACCCUGGCAACAGUCUCCAUGCUGGCCGUCCUCGCUGUCGCAGCCUUCUUUGGUUACCGCAAGAUGCACGGAGAUGGUAAGCUGGGUCUGCACAACCUGAAUAUGAUGGAGGCUGCUGGAUCUGAGAGCUCCCUGGACCUCGACAAUCUCAAACUGCUGGAGCUGAUAGGGCGGGGCAGAUACGGCACCGUCUACUGUGGCUCUCUGGACGAGAGGCCCGUGGCUGUGAAGGUGUUCUCCGCUACUAACCGACAGAACUUCCUUAAUGAAUGCUCCAUCUACCGGCUACCGCUGCUGGAGCAUGACAACAUUGCACGGUUUGUGGCGGCAGACGAGCGGACAGGCCCAGAGGGGCGCACCGAGUACCUGAUGGUCAUGGACUACUACCCUCAUGGCUCUUUAAAUCGCUACCUGAGUGUCCAGACCAAUGACUGGGUCGGCAGCUGUCGGCUGGCUCACUCUGUCACCCGCGGCCUGGCGUACCUGCACACUGAGCUCUUUAAAGGAGACUUGUACAAGCCUGCAGUUUCCCACAGGGAUCUGAACAGCCGCAACGUUCUCGUCAAGAAUGACGGCACGUGUGUCAUCAUCGAUUUUGGCCUCUCCAUGAAACUGACAGGAAACAGGCCAGCACGUCAUGGCGAGGAGGAAAAUGCUGCUAUAAGUGAGGUGGGGACGAUCCGCUACAUGGCUCCUGAGGUUCUGGAAGGAGCGGUGAACCUGAGGGACUGCGAGUCGGCUCUGAAGCAGGUGGAUAUGUACGCACUGGGCCUGAUCUACUGGGAGACCUUUAUGAGAUGUACCGACCUUUUCCCUGGAGAGUCUGUGCCAGAGUACCAGAUGGCCUUUCAGGCGGAGGCAGGGAACCACCCGACGUUUGAGGACAUGCAGGUCCUGGUAUCCAGGGAGAAGCAACGGCCCAAAUUCCCCGAGGCCUGGAAGGAGAACAGUUUGGCGGUUCGCUCUUUGAAAGAGACGAUGGAGGACUGUUGGGACCAGGAUGCAGAAGCCCGUCUCACAGCACAGUGUGCCGAGGAGCGACUGGCAGAGCUGCUCCUCAUAUGGGACCGCUCCAAGUCCGUGAGCCCGACACUAAACCCCAUGUCCACGACACUGCACAACGAGAGAAAUCGUAUGACGCCAAAGUCUGGCCCGUACACGGACCAUCCCUCCACCUACAUUGAAGAGCACGAGGGUGUGGCAAAGAAUUUGCAGGCUGACACCACCGGCUCUGUGAGCGGGCGAGCUGGGGGUGGGACAGGAGAGAGAAACAGGAACUCCAUCAACCAGGAGCGCCAGCAGCAGCAAGCCAACGCCCGCCUGCCCAGCCCUGAGGGCAGCAGCACCAGCAUGGGCCUGAGAGGCAGCCCCUCAGCCUCCACUACAACCACCACUAUUAUCUCUGAGUCAGAGGGUCCUGUAGGGGUCGCCACGGUCCCAGUCUGCCUCCACCUGACCCAGGAAGACCUGGAAACCACCAAGCUCGACCCGAAAGAGGUGGACAAGAACCUGAAGGAGAGCUCAGACGAGAACCUAAUGGAGCACUCACAGAAGCAGUUCUGCUCUCCAGAUCCACUGAGUCCAGGCAGCUCCAGCCUCCUGUAUCCCCUCAUCAAGAUGGCCACCGAGGCUACAGGCGCUUCUGACCCAGCCGCUGCCAUGCCCACCACCAUCUUCCCCCUGCCCAAGCAGCAGAACCUGCCCAAGAGGCCGUCCAGUCUCCCCCUGCGCACAAAGCCCCCCAAGAAGGAGUCGUCUUCGUCUUCUCUCAGGUUCAAGUUUGGACGCUCGGGGAAGUCCAACCUGCGGCAGGUGGAGGGACAAAAGAUGAACAUUGGUGUGGCAGCAAGCACAAACACAGCUGUUGAGGCUCAUCGGAGUAAUGGCACAAACAACACACCAAUUUUACGAGACACGCAUGUGAAUGGCAGCGUAAAUGGCACUGUUAAUGGUCACGCUGGAGCUGGGAUCUCGUCCAUGACAUCGGGUGGAGCCACAGGUUUUGGGGGAUCAAGCAUAACUCAGAACGGAUCUGUAGCCCUGAGGUCAGACGACGGCCGUUUGAGCCUCGGUGUAAUCACAGCCAGCCCCGAUGAACACGAGCCGCUCCUGAGCCGCGAGCGAGAGCAGCCUGAUCCAAGAGACACGUCGGCGAGUGUCGCUGCGCUCCGCUCAGCCCGGCCCAACACCAACAACAACAACAGCAACACCGGCCACGGCCAGGGAGACGGGGAGAGCGGAGGGGAGAGUGAUGGAGGAGAGGAGGGAGGCAGCGGGGAGGGAGGAAGCAGGGAAACAACAGGACCCCCGGGAGAAAGCUCGGGGACAGGAUCUGGCAGCGCUGACCCUCAGGGGGAUGCUCCGGUCACAAUGAGGGGGGAGGCUCUGCUCAGGCAGCCCAGAGCCCGCAGGCCUGAGAGACCCAACUCCUUGGACCUGUCCUUCACCACACAGGAUCUGACAUCACUAGGUGAGGGCUUGGUUCAGCCAGACGGAGCCUUCGGGACAGGUGAAAAAAUCAAGAAGCGCGUCAAAACGCCUUAUUCCCUGAAGAAGUGGCGGCCCAGCACAUGGGUCAUCACAACAGACAGCAGGGGGCCGGAGGUCAACAACAACAGCUCCUCCCGUGGCCAGGGUCACAGUCAGAACCGGCCCAAGUCCAGUUCUGCUAUCUUCCUGCGGGGGGGCAGCGAGCCGAGCGACACGCACGUUUGAACUCAGACCCCUCACUCAAGACUGAAAAAACAAAAAAAAAAAACAAUCAGAGAGCGUUUGGUUUCUGUCUGUCAAGAUCUCUGCUCUGAAUCAGCAAGAGGAAGCUAUGGAGUGUCUUGUGAACAAACAGUCGAGUCUGGUUGUGUACAGUAAUUAGGUCUGUCUCGCUCCUGUGUGUCUUUCUGAUGAUGGCAUUGCUUUAAAUGGAAUCCAGCUAUGCAGCAUUCUCACCUGCUUCUGUCUCAGUGUUUUAUUAAUCUUCCUUUGUUGGUUUAUUUCACAUUUCAUCCUCAUGAGCAUAGCGAUCUUUUCAAUGGAUUUCUUUUUCCGUAUGUUGCACUUUGACAAAUAAAAUCAGUGUUUAGAAGUCCUGUCUGUUGCGACCACGACAAGAAGUGGUCUCUAAACUUUAAAAAAAAGCGAUGAAAAACAAUCAACACUUCGAGUGUUCUCGCACUUUGCUGUAUCAAGCAACGUUCAAGAGAACUGCUCUGUAAAAGAAUCGACGGUCUUAAAAGACAGAACAAACUACUUUUUUAUUUCCUUGAUUUGUAUGCAAUACAUUUUUUUUUGUCUGUUUUGACUAUGUAUCCAUUUUUGUAUCAUACUUUUUAAUUGUGCAAUAGGAUGUAGCUUUUAGAUGCUUUCAAUGUUUUAUCGCUUCCAUUAUUUUGUUUGUUGUUUUUAUCUCAUCAUUAUUUUUGAUAUUUUAAUCUCGGUUGCACUUAUGAAUAGUCACAAUCGUUUUGUAAACAAUCCACCAUACACUAUCACGCCCCGGCUCAAGAGGAGAAAAUGGACGACAAUCCUCCGCUCUUUCCUUCUUCUCUGGACUAUUUUUAGGGGCGCACAAACACUAACAAUCAAUCUGACUGGAAAAGUGGGUUUUUGUGAAACUCCUCUGCUUGCACAAUUACACCAGGAAAGGCCCAAACUCUGGGGUCUUAAUACACUACAAUCACCAUAAUCUAAUCUACGGAGGGAUCUGUUACAGUGGCCGAUGCAAUCACUGUACCACUAUCACCUGACCUCACUGUGGACUGUGUGUUUAUAGCUGUCUCUAUGUUACUGAAAGAUCAGUCACAUUAUCAAGUCCCAGAUUCUGCUCUUUGAACUCUGUUGGAAAUCAGAAACUAGUCUAAAAAACAAAAAUACCAAACCCUGCUGAAGCACGCUGGAUAUUAUUUCUGCUUCUUCUUGGUCAUCCCUUGAUGUUCAAAUGACUGAUUCAGUGUGUUUGCGUGAGAGAGAGAGAGCAAGUGUGCAUGUGUUGUGUUUCUUUAUGUCAGUAAGCAUUAGCAUUGUUGGGGCCUAAGCGCUGUACAGGCGUGCUGAAAUGUCAUUGUACUCAUUCUGUAUUUUCAGCGCUGCUUCAGGGCAUAUGAAAAGAUCUCAUUUAUGUUUUUGUAAUCUGUAAUUUGUAUGAAAAAAAAUCAUAUGUAAGUGUAUUGCAUUGAUAUUUGCAUCAUUUUUAUGGAAUUCUGUUUUGCAUUCAAUGGACAUGGCCUUUUAUUCCAUUGCUAUGCGUCUGCUCGGUACAGUUUCUGUAAACAUUUUCGAGUCAAUAUGGAAGAAAUUCUCAAUAAAUGUAUGAAAUAAUAAUAUAAAUGGCGAAAUCUAUUAAGGGCAUGUCUCUUACAACGUUUAGCCACUUUAUGUUAAAGUAUUUGGUAUCCUAUUAGCUUAGCUUGGGGUAAAAUAGGGAGAGAAGUGAACAUC